AUGACUCGUGUCCACAAAUUUUUCCAAAUUGACGUCUUUGCAAGUGAGUCCCCGCUCAGUGGUAAUCCUGUAGCGGUGGUUUUCGACGCCGACGACCUAACCACUGAGGAGAUGCAGAAAUGUGCCCAUUGGCAGAAUCUCUCGGAGACUACGUUUGUUUUAAAGCCUACUCGUCCGGAAGCGGACUACAGGCUACGCAUCUUCACGCCUGACUUUGAGUUGCCCUUCGCAGGCCAUCCCACGUUGGGAUCGGCUAGAGCGCUGCUUUUCAGCGGCCUCAAGCCCAAGAAAGAAGGCGUCAUUGUCCAAGAGUGCGGAAAGGGCCUAAUUAGCAUUAGAAUUGAGGACAAGAAACUGCUUUUCUCUACUCCUGAAGCUAAAAUCGAUGUGUACGGUGGUGAUCUGCUUUCCAGAGCGCUCGGCGCUCCUAACCUGUCUCUGACCGGUGCAAUUGUCGAUGUCGGUCCCAAAUGGCUCGUUGUGCCUCUCGAUAGUGCAGAGAUGGUUCGUGCAACAGAGAUCAACGGUCCUGCUUUCACGGAAUUGGCCCACGAGACCAAAAUGACUGGAAUCACUUUUUACGGAGCUGAAGGUCAGGAUUCUUCCGCAGGGCAUAAAUAUGAGGUCCGUUCUGUGUUUUUGCAACAAAGCGGUGUCAUCGAGGAUCCUGUCUGUGGUAGCGGUAAUGCUGCUGUAGCUCGCUAUCUCGAGACUUUCGGAGAGCGCUCAAGUUAUGUUGCCCGGCAAGGAACAUGCUUGGGCCGCAAUGGGCUGGUUUCAGUUGAAUAUGCCGAGGAUAAUAUCUGGGUUGGAGGUGAGGCCAAGGUCACGACCUCAGGCCAGAUUUUCCUGUGA